UUGUAUUACCUCGAAAACCAGUCGAUUUUGUUUCAGUCUUCGUACAGUCUUUGCUUCAACCCGUUCCAAUCUGUCCGCCGCUCUUGUAUUGUAUCAAAAAAAAUAAAACAAAAAUAAUAUAAAAAAAGUAAUCAUCAAACAAAAUUAUUAAAACAUCAAGUUUUAAAAUUAAAAAAUUUCACAAAAAUAACCAUUUUCUUCAUUAUUCGACAGAGAUAAAAGAAAAAGUUUUUUUUUAUAAAGAAAAAUCCGUUUAACCAGAGUUUAUUUUUCAUCCGAUGCAAAAGUAACACCGUCUAUCGGAAAAAUUAUAAAUUUUUCCCCUAAAUUCCGUGAAUCGACAGGUAAAACGGUCGAGUUAAAAAAAAUCAGUUUGUUUUAUAUUUUCCUACAUUUUUGGACACACAACACACCGAAGUUUGCGAGUGAGGCAAAUCUGCCGCGGAAAAGCUCAUUGAAAAAAAGCUCAUCGAGAUUUUCGGUACUUCAAUCUUCAUUUUCUUCAGUUUAUUUUUUCCGUUUCCAAUUACCGCCAAAUUCGGAAGUUUACUAAUAAUACCUAAUUUAAAAGAAAAAGACAAGUGAGAGAAAAAUCAAAAUUUUCACGAGAAAAAAGUAUUGAACUUACACCGAGUGUUUGCAUUAAAAAAAAAGUUAUAUAAAAAAAAACGUUCCUGAAACAAGAAAAUCUCACAGUUGGAUCGAAAGCUGCCAAAAAAAGCUGACACGACAUCAUCGAGAGCUACAGAUGAAGUAAAAAGUUGAUCAAACAUUGACUCAAUCCUCAUCACCAUCCCAACGAUCUAUCAUUGUAGUCCUUUUUCCACCCCAACAAUCCUUCUUAUCCACAAAAUAACGAACCCCUUUUUUAGCCAAACAUCCCUUGUGCUUUUUCACACAUAAAAAAAAUACGCAAACACGAUUAGAACCCACAAAGUCCAUAAAACAAGACAACAAUUCAAGCCACACGAUCUUAGCGACAAAUUGAAUGUUUAUAAUCAAACUAAACGACAAUUAAACGGUAUAUAGGCUUUUGAUGUAAAAGAAACUCCGAAGGGGAGGCGAAUUGGUGAAGUUUGGUGCAAUUUUACAACAAAAAAAAACAUAAUUCGCGCCCAAAACCCGAGAGGCUACAAAAUAGCAUUACAAAAUACCGCUGAAACGAUAGAGAAAAUCAGAGUCAAUUCAAAUAUUAGUGUGUUAACUGUUUGUUGUUCCCAAGUGAUUUGUUUUCACGACAAGAAAUAUAUAUAAACGAUUUUAGAAAGAAAAAUAUAGAAAAGAUUUUAGGGAGAAAAUUAAAAGUUUAAGAAAAUAAAAAAAAAGUUUGAAAGUUUCUUUGAACGAAGCAUAAAAGUUCUUUUAAAGAAUCCAAAACGUUCUCUAAAAGAAUCUUUCAAGUCUUUCUUUGAGAACUACCUUAAAAGGUCUUUCAAAGAAGAAAAAAAUCCUAAAAGCUCUUUUAAAAAUAUACAAAGCUCCUUAAAAGAUUUAAAGAAAAAGCCUAAAUUUUGAAAGAAAAAAUAUAGCAAAAUACGUAAUUAAAGUUUUUCUUGUGCAAAAUCUUCAACAUCAAUUGAUUCUUCUUCGGAAGGGGUUUCGGACCAAGUGUUCAAAAAAAAAAAACAAAACUAGUGCAAUAGUUGAGCGUGCAGAAAAAAACGGCAUUUUGCAAUUAAUUUACCUAGCGAGGCGCAAUUGUACUUAUUUAGAUCAUUCGACUGAUAUAUUGCCAAGAGUUGAUUUUAUUUUAUAUAAAAGAACAAUUAAAGAAAAAUUCAUUGAGAUUAAGGACCUACAAUUUUUUUUAAAUUACUAAACAAAGUAUAAAGUUCAACCACCAAAGAUCAAGAGAGAGAGAUUUAUUUUUUAAGUACGUGUGCGAGGAUCAGCCUAAGGCUUAGACGUUGAACCUCUUACCUGUAAUCAGUAAACUAUUAUAAAAUAAUUAUUAUUAUAAAAUUGGUGUUUUUGUGCAAUACGUAGAGCGUGAAAAAACAAUAUUCUAUCGUGAUUUAAAGUGGUGGAAGUUAUAUUUGUGAGAAGGAAUGUACAUUGAGAUUAUAUAGGUAUAUAGCUGUACCGUCUACAUAUCACUAAAUAGAUAAUAAACCUUUUUGUGGCCCACCGUGGCACGAACAAGUGUUAAGAUAGCAAUUUUUAGCAAUUCAGCAUAUAUUUUUCUUAGUUUUUUUUAAAGUGUAGUACACUUGCAUUUUACAACGUCACUACAUUAUUCGGCUACAACUGAUAUUAACGGAACGAAGAAAAGAUUUCGUUGGAAGCGCGAGUGAUUUAGACAAGUCAAUACUAGGUAGUAAGUGAGAUAUAUAGAAAAGCUAGAGAGAAAUAUAUAUAUAGAAACUUAUAUAUUCGAGUAUUCAAGCUGAAAUUGUAGUUCUAAGUAAAUAGAAAAAACUAUCUGUUGUAGGAUUUAUUAAUAGUGCAAAAACAAGUAGGUGAAACCAUUAAAUUGGUUUUGCAAAGAAGAAGAAGAGCGUUUUAGACAAUCAAUCGUAGUUUAGUGAAAAUUUCAAGGAAAUAAUAUUGAAAAAAAAAAAAUAAUCAUUGAAAUUGACGACAAUCCUUCCGAUUAGUUACGAGCCCCCUUUUAGUAGCUUCUCUGUGAAAAACCUCCAAAAAUUCUCAGUGUUGGAUUUCCAUCCAGUUGAGUCUGAGAAAAAGCUAAAAGGCAGCGCAAAGUUCAGCAAUUCCCAAGCUUGAUCGAGCUUUUUGCACAAAAACAAUCAACCGAGCAAUUUACAUAUGAACUCCCCUUGCUAACCCUCGUGGUUAUACAUGCUUUUUCACCCCAUAUUCGUCUUAAAUCCCCAUUAACAUACAAUCGUUACAUAGUUUAAAUAGCAUAGGAGCUUAAUCACAGUAAUACAUACAACUUUUCACAUAGAAAAGGGUUUGGGUAUUCGUGUCGUUGAGGACCAAGGAAGGAGGUGUUGGAGAAUAAAAAUACAUAGUGUUAGGUAUUUGUACUAAAAAAAAAACAGAGGAAAAACCAAGGGGUUGAAAAACUCAGUGGGGUGUGCUUACAUUGCUGCAUCGUGGUAAUCAAUUUCACCUGCAGAGGUGUUUAGGUUCUCAUUCCCAAAAUAAAAAAUAAAGUAUAAAAAACGGAAGAGAAGCUUUUCCUUGCUCAAAAAAAGGGUAUGUAUGUAUGUAUGCUUGUGUAGAGAGAAAGAGAGAGAAGUUGUGUCAGCAUAAGUUGUGUGUGCAAAGGCGAAACGCAUUUUUGAUCCCAUAAGACGUUGUGGUGGAAGAAGAUAAUAAAACUGUUGGAAUUUACAUUCCAAAACGCCGUAUAGAAUACUGAUUGAGAACAAGUUUUCGCGCGAGUCUUUUUGGCUGUUUUCAGUGCUGUGUUUUGUGCAGAGAACGAAACAAAUAUUAAAGAGAAAAAAAAACCAGCAAGCAAACGUAGCACAGGUGAAUUGAGAAUAUCCUCUCACAGUGUUUUAGUGCAAAAUUGCUUGCUUCUGCAUUAAUUGACUUUAUGGUGCUACAGACACCAAACGGACCGAACAAAGUGCAAGACUAUCUAUGUGCUUGCACCCUACCGUAAACUACCGUCAAGGGGGUUUACGUAGCGUGAGGGAUUAGGUAAAACCUCAAACCAAGCACAAGCACACAAUUAGCACAGAAAGGGAAAUUUCCUACAUUUCCAGAGACACUGAAAACACAAAACAUUUUUCCAAGGCGAAAGAGAAAAUUCAUAGAUUUGCGGUUGCACGAAAAUUUUUUUUUAUCAGUUUCAGAGUAAAAUAAGAAGAAGAAGAAGUAUUGCUAUUUAGGUAAAUAUACUUGGGUGCGGAGUCUCUAUAAAAAAGCAACUAAUUUGUGCGGUGAAUCCAACGGAGCUGAAACAAUUUACAAGUUACUUUUAUAAUAACAAAAUUGCAAAAAAGAAAAUAUAGAACUUUAUGUUUGGAAGCAGAGAAGUGUAGAAAAAUCAACAAGUGUGUAAAUUAUUUUAAAUGAAUCAAAUAUCGUAAGAUAAUAAGCCAAGAUUUGUACUGAGAUUCUCUCUCUCUCUUUUCGGGGGCUUUUUUCCAGAAUCUUACAUAGAAGAUAUAUAUACACACAUAAUAUUUUCUCAAAACUUUUCUUGUGUACAUCGGCGUAAGAAAAGAAACCAAACAGAAUCUUUGGAUAAAUAGACGAAGCAAAGAGAAAAAUUGAAAGAGAAAUAAUAAGAAAAAAACGAAAGGGUUAAUCGCCGUACGUCGCUUAAAAUCGAAACUCGUCUCAUAAUAAAACAAAACAAAAAAAAAGAAGAAUAAGUCGGUAUUUGAGAGGAGUGAGUGAGAAAGAACUUGACGAAGAAGGCACGAUUAUUAACAUAAACAUAAAGAAGCGAGAGUGGAGGCAUAGUGGUUAGUUUUUCGAAGAAAUUAUAUUCCCCCGUGGUUGUUGCUUUGACUCUUUGGCUAGUUUUACCAUCAUCAUCAUCUCCCUUGUGGCUCUGUCGCUCCAUUCUUGGGACAUUAAACUCGCCUUGGUUGCGCGGCGUUCCAAGCUACAACAACAAUUGCACACACCACACGAAGAGAAGCAUAAGAAUUUAUCCAACAUCUCCCGAUACCAAAAUAUAUGGUUGGUGUGGAAGAAACAGCAAAAGAGGUUUUCAACAUACAUACAUAUAUAUAAAAGAAGAGAAAAUAGAAUAAAAACCUGUUGCGUAGUGCACUGAAAUUGAAAGGGGGGCACUCAAUUUUCAACUUUAGUCUCCUCGCGGACGCGUUCUUUUCGUACGGAGAAAAAAAAAGAAAAACCCAAGGGAACCAACAAUCAACACAUUCACUCCGUGUUGCACAAACCUGCCCACCGAAGAAGAAACAAUUGCAGGAAUUUUUGCUCAAAAAGCUCCCCGCAACAAAAAAGCUCAGAGGAUCUAACGAUUUUUUUGGGAAAAUAUCCGUAUUGAGCAUCAAAGUUUUUUCGGCCAAAAGUCAAAGAGGAAAGAGAUUUUUAGCUUUUCCCCCUCAGUGGGAAGUGUUAAUCCUCUUCAGAUAGCCUCGCGCCUAUAUAGCAAGCAUAGUCCCAAAUCCAAUCUCACAGCCUCAUACGCCUCGUUUGGUUGCUUUUGCGGAUAAAGCCCUAUAUACCGUGCACACCUUUGCAACAAAAUAUACCCAAAGGUGUUUCCGCUCUUAGGGGUGGUGGUGAUAGCACAACAAGCCCCGUUUGUACUCAAUCUCAAUUCGACUCAGAAAAGGGAGGGUGGCAAAUGCUCUGGUAAGAGAUAAAGUUUGCAAAUUGACGUGUUAGCGCGUUUCGUGUGUGAAAAGAAUUGUCGUCACAACGUAUUUCCCACCGGGCCUCGCUCUCUGUCCCCCCUUUUUGUCUCCUCCAUCGUCGUCGGCGUCAUCUGUAGUGUCGGCAGCUGUUACGGCGUCCCAACUCUUGGCGCCAUCGUCACUGUUGCCCCAUCAGCACAUACAGCACCAGGCGCAGCAGCCGCAGUUGCCAGUGUCCACGCACCACUCCUUUGUCCCGUCCCUACCGCUAACAACAAGUAGCGGCUACCAGGCGGGCCUACAUCACCCAGCGGCGGCACACAAUCCCGCUCUCUGCUACUGCGGCCACUGCUGCCCGCAGCCGAGUUUAGUGGGUGGCACAGUUGCCCCCACGCUCAUCCUGAGUAGAUACACGGAGAUUAAUCUCUGUGAUUCACUUACGCUGAGGAAUCAGCAACAUCAGGCAGCCGCCGCAGCAGCCGCCGCCACUGCAACAUUCGCCAACGGCUACCUGCCGUCUCUGCCGUCAGGCAUUAAUUCACACGCACAGUUUAACGGAAAAGAGAUGGUAAGGACUGAUGAUUUGAUGAUCGAAGAGAGUGAAGUAGAAUAUAGAGGCAGUGACGAACUUUUGAGCCAAGCAGCUGUUAUGGCGCCUGCAUCCGAUAACAAUAAUCAAGAUUUGGCAAGCAAAAAGGCAAAACUGGAAACAAAUACAGUCCUCGGUGGUGUCGGUAAACCAUCCCGUGUUAUACACAUCAGGAACAUACCGAAUGAGUCCAGUGAGGCAGAAGUCGUGCAACUGGGCGUAGCUUUUGGGCGUGUGACGAAUGUUCUGGUGCUGAAGGGGAAGAAUCAAGCCUUCCUCGAGAUGGCAGAUGAAGUUUCAGCAGCCGCAAUGGUGGCGUGCUUCAACACCAACCCACCCCAAGUUCGCGGCCGGACGGUCUACGUGCAAUUCAGCAAUCAUCGGGAGCUGAAGACCGAUCAAAGUCACUCAAUAGCGAAUCAGGACUUUCAGAUCCAGUCCCCAGCCAGUGGAUCACCCCUACCUGUAUCGGGAACGGAUCCCACAUCCCAGGCUGUACAGAACUCCACGUCGAGCAGCGGAGGUGCCAACACCGUACUCAGGGUCAUAGUUGAAUCACUCGUAUAUCCCGUCUCUCUCGAUAUUUUGCAUCAGAUUUUCCAGAGAUUUGGAAAAGUAUUAAAAAUCGUUACGUUUACGAAGAAUAAUUCAUUCCAAGCUCUAAUUCAGUAUCCAGAUGCUCAGACGGCUCAACAUGCAAAGACAGUCCUCGAUGGGCAGAACAUCUACAACGGAUGCUGCACAUUGAGGAUCGAUAACAGCAAAUUGACGGCACUAAAUGUCAAGUACAACAAUGACAAGUCCCGAGACUUCACUAACCCCUCGUUACCACCAGGUGAACCUGGUACAGAGGUCAUUGCAAGUGCCGGUGGGCUCGUCAAUGCAAGUGACCUACUCCUACUCGCCACCCAGAGACGACCAGCUCUGACAGAAUUUCACAACAUGCUUUACCCUUUUUUUGCAGCAGUUAAUGGUCUGGGGGCACCUGGUGUAUUGCCACCAUUUGCCCUGGGUCUGGGAACGCCUCUGGCUAGCGCCUAUGGGGGUGCACUGCCAAGCUUGGGAGCUUUCGCUUUAGCCUCCACUGGCGCUCUGGGCAAUGCUGCACCUGCCCUCCGUGGUCUCUCCAAUGUGCUUCUCGUGUCGAAUCUGAAUGAAGAGAUGGUCACGCCUGAUGCUCUAUUUACCCUCUUUGGGGUCUAUGGUGAUGUACAACGGGUGAAGAUUCUGUACAACAAGAAGGACUCAGCUUUAAUUCAAAUGGCUGAGCCACAUCAAGCUUAUUUGGCAAUGAAUCACCUGGAUAAAUUACGAUUGUGGGGUAAAUCGAUUCGUGUAAUGGCCAGCAAGCAUCAAGCUGUUCAAUUGCCAAAAGAGGGUCAACCAGAUGCUGGACUAACGCGUGACUACUCUCAGAAUCCUCUGCAUCGCUUCAAGAAACCAGGCAGCAAAAACUACCAGAACAUUUAUCCGCCAUCGGCGACACUGCAUUUGAGUAACAUUCCGUCUACAAUAGCUGAGGAGGAUAUUCGUGAUGCGUUCGUUAAAAAUAGCUUCGACGUUAAGGCGUUUAAAUUUUUCCCGAAAGAUCGCAAAAUGGCUCUACUUCAGUUGGGGUCCGUUGAAGAGGCAGUUCUGGCACUCAUCAAAAUGCACAACUACCAACUAUCAGAGUCCAACCAUCUCCGUGUUAGUUUCUCCAAGUCAAACAUUUAGACUGCAUACGGACAGAGUGUGGCAGCAACAUCAAAGGCCAAGCAUAAUCAGUUGUUGCUGCAAAAAAAUUGAUGAAAAGAAAAUCCUCAAGGAUAUGAAACAUAUACCGGAAAGGAUGCAGAUUGCUAAAAAAAAAUUCACAACACAAUUGCUCAUUCGUAGCAAUUGAGACUCGUUUGGAUUGAAAUUUGCUGAGAUUCUACUAUGUUCUCUUUAUUGUUCUAUAUUUUACCUCCUUUUUAUUUUUAUCAUAUUUUUUUGUGUAACACUUCCUUUCCAUCAAAUGUGUUUCUUUCUCUCUCACGUGGGAGUUGCAUUGUGAAUGAGGAGAUUUUUCUUGAAAGAAAAGAAGAAAAAACGAGGAAAUCUCCGUGGAAACUUUUGGUGCAAGAUCUGAAAGAUGUAAAGGAAGUUUUUUUGUUUAAAAAUUAAUGUUCAGUCUUUAAGGCCCAGUAAGAUUUAAUAGUGUUGGCAGCUGAGAAUUUAGAGAUUAUUUAAUUUUAACAUUUUAAAUAAUUUUUAAUGAAAAAAAAAUCACAAUGACACGCAGUAUUUUUGCCGGAGUAUACAAAAUAAAAUUUAAAAAGAAAAACAAAUUUUUAAAAGUUAUUUUAAGUUUUAAAAGUUGCGCGAAAAAGCUCCAGUUUGCAAAAUGUUAUGACAUAUAUAAUUUUUUUCCAAUACAAUCUACCUUCGAAUAGUUGGAUAAGUUUUAGUUUUUAGAAAAAAUAUAUAAUUGUUAGUUUUUUUUAAAUGUAAUUAUGCUUUAAAUAAAUCAUAGGUCGGUCUCAAUGGGAUUUUCUUUUGGUCAAAGGGGACAAGUUGCUCCUUUGAAAAUGAAAAGAAAAGAAAAGUCCCGAGAAUGCAAUUGCGGACGCCAAGUUGAAGAGAGACAAAGAACAAACUGAUUAAGAGUAUAAAGAAAUAAAAUAAAAUGAAUUUAUUUAAUUAAAAAAUAAAAAGAAAAUAUCCGUAAGACAAUGGAAUAGUGGAGUAAUAAAAUCAUUUUAGACGGUAGGAGUUACACACACACAAGAAAUAAUGAAAAAUAAACACUUCUAACUUAUAAACAAACCCUUAAAAAAUAAAAAAAAAUAAAUUUAAGAUAAAAUGAACAAAGUUAUAUUGAAGAAGGGCGUGAAGAAAUAUUGUGUAGAUGCGUUGAGCUUAUAUUUGAAACUAAAACAAAAAAAAAGAUAUUAAAUUAAUGAAAAAAUGUGUAAAUGAUGAAAUUAAAAAAAAAAACAAGGUGAUUUAAUAGUAAAGAAAAAGAUAUCCUUAAAAAAACAUUUUAAAGAAUGGACGACGGAAUAUAUCGUGAAAUCCUCACUUUUACAAAAAAAUAUACACCCACACGGAAUAAAGUGAUUUCAGGAGUUUAAAAAAAAACUUUUAGCUAGAAUGGAGGUUUAGAAUAGUAGAUAAAAUGAUGAAAAAUUGAUAAGAAAAAUGUUUUAAAAGAAAAAAUAAAAAGUAUUGUGGAAGAAAUCAGCAGACGGCUGCAUCACUUUCAUUGACAAUCAACAAGAGAGUGGAUCAUUUUACAUGAGAAAAAAUAUCCGUUUUAAUGCUCAUUUAUGGGCGUCUUAUAUCAACAAAAAAAAUCAGAUGGAAUCAUUUUAAAAAGAAAGUCUAAAAUAAAAAAAAUCUACUAAAUAGAUGAAAGAUUAAGGUAUCAGAGCGCAUCAGACGUGUGAAGCAUGACAAGAGAGGUAGAUAUUUGUAAAGAAAAUAAAAUAGAUUUUAAGAAUAAAGUAUAAAUAAAUAAAAAUAAAAAAUGUUCAGACGAUAGAAUUAAAGAAAAAAUGCGUUGGCAUCCUCUAAAUAUAGUAAAAAACAGCAUAGAAGUGGAACCUAAUAAGAAAAAAAUAUUAGUUUUAGUGAGUACGAUAGGAAUAUUGCAAAAAAAAACAUAAAUUAUAUUAAAUGUUUAAGUAGUCAAAAGAAUUGUUGACGUAACAACUUAUAUUGUUAAGUUUAACCUCCCCGCAGGAAAUAAUUCUUUUUUCUUUACGUUGUAUUGCAAUAUUAUAUUAUUUUGGAAUAACGUGGGCGCUUUAGGUUUUGUUCUAGCCAUCCCCAUGUUCUUUUUAUUGGCUAUAUACUUUUUACAAAGGCGAGAGAUGCCAUAGUUGCAGCGGUGCACGUGAAAAAAUCAAUUUUAACGGCUAAUUCUGUUAAAUAAAUUAAAAUUCUUGAGAAAGAAUUUUUCUUUGGGAAUUUUCUUUUGAAGAAAAAACAGUUCUGUGGUAUGAAAGACAUUAAGAAUUGAUUAGAACCAAGUUUAGAACUGAUUUGAUCUUGAUUUAAUAUUAGGAGAUUCUUUACAACAUAAAAUUUUAAUCUAUUCUUUACAACAUCUAAACAACCUUUCAUAAAAUCUUAAGAAUUCAAAUCAGUAAAAAAAGAAGUAAAAAUGCUGAUAAAAAUCACAUUUGCUCAAUGACUAUCAAAACUAUUAAUUUUUUUUGUAAAAAACUUAAGAAUUGAGAACGAAAAAUUAAGCUUCAGAAAAGCUCAUAAGAAGAAUUCUUCAUUGAAUUUUUAUUCCAAUACAAUUUUGCCAUUUAUUUGUUUAUUUUUUCACCAACACCGCUCCAACGUUAGUCCCCCGGAAAAGAAUUCAAAAGACAGAGAAGGAUUCAAAUUGCAUUGCAAUCUAUGUAGCCAAAAGAGAAGCUUUGUAAGCUCCCAUCGCUGUUUCUCUGAACUAGACAAAGUUGCUUUAUCACCUCGUCCCGGAAGAAAAUCUCGAAAUGGAAUAAAGGAUGAGCACUCAAUUUCUCAGAGGAUGCUAGGCAAUGAAUUUUCCUCUUGUUUGCCAAUUGCGAAAAAUUCUCGUGCAAUGUUUUCUCAAGAAAACUCCUUUUAUCUCUCACGAAAAAUUAAAGAAAACUCAACAACUAAAAGGAAACGAAUGCAGGUCAAAAUGUACUGGUAAGCUGACCAAGCUUACGGGAGCUGUGUUUCUUUCAGUGUACCAAUUUUGUGAGAGCAAACUAGAACGCGAAUUAAUUUAAAUACGCGCAAAGUCGGGAAAAGUAGAAAAUUCAUACCCUAAGAAAUCUUUAGAAGGCUAUAUCUCGAGAACGGAUCCAUAGAUUUUCAUAAAUUUUUUUUUGUUUUAAAGGUCUCGAAGUCAGCUAUAACAUAUCGAAAACUGAAAAAAAUUUAUGUCGCCAUUUUCGAAAAAUUCGAGUUCGAAAUUUUCGAAAACUUUGUUUUCGAUUUUAGCGCCUCUUGCGGUCAUUUUUCGAAGUUGCAAUGUUCUAGACAUUUGUAGGGUUUCUCGAAACCUUUCAUUUGCGCUUGAGUUGAUCAAGAUCGGACUUGUAGAACCCGAGAUAUGACAUGCCAACUUUGGAAGGCUAUAUCUCGAGAACGGAUCCAUAGAUUUUCUUCAUUUUUGGCAUGAAGCUAGAUAAUAUGGUCAGCUACAACAUAUCAAAAAAUGAAAAAAAUUUAUGUCGUCGUUUUCGAGAUAUUUAUCGAAAACUCAUCGAAAAUUUUGUUUUUGAUUUUUGGCCCCCUAGCGGUCAUUUUUGAAACUUCGGACGUUCUAGAGAGUUGUAGGGUUUGUUGAGAUCUUUCAUUUGACCCCGGGUUGAUCAAAAUCGGUCAAGCCGUUUUCGAGUUAUGGUCGAUUUUCGAUGAAAAAUUGUGGCGGCCAUAUUGACUAAACGGCUUGACCGAUUUUCGAAAAUGAGGUAUCGUUGGAAAGCUCUUGAUGACCCCUACAACAUAUCAAAAUUUCAGAGCUCUAGCUAUAAUAGGGGCUGAGAUAUAACGAAAACAAAAUUUUGAGGUUAUCCAAAAUGGCGGACGGAGGGGUGGUGGGGUGGAUUUGACUUCAUAAUCGGAUUUCUUCAGGUCGAUAUUUAAACUUUGCCGUUUACCGCAAGUCUCUAUCUAUCACCGUUCUCUCGCAAUUUAAGUUUAUGAUCCGGCCGGCCGGCCGGCCGGCCGGACGGACGGACGGCCGGCCGGAAAAAAAAAUUUUUUGGCGCAUACGUUUUUUGGAAUGUGGGGACCCUAAUUCGUGCUCAUCCCAAGUUUGAGCCCGAUCUGACGACUUUUGAUUUUGCUCGGUACACAAAAGCUGUGUCUGAAAGAAACACAGCUAACUAACCCCUUUUUCUUACGUCAUAAAAAAAAUCCUAAAAUAAACCUUUUGGCAAAUUUCAACACCCCUCAUUAAGAAAAAAAAUCUUGCUUUCGUGCAUUGGAGUAAAAAAGAAAAAAAAUGGAAAAUCUUUGUUUUAAUCUGUGAUCAACACCGACAAUCAUUGUAAUUUUAACAAAGAAACAAAACGAUAAAUUUAAUGUUAGAAUGCGCGCGCAAAAAGCCCCAAAAUUGAUGUUUUCCCUCAUUUUGGUAUUUCCGCGAAUUUUUCAACCCCCCAUUUGAGUUUCUUAAAGCUUAAAAAGUUGCUAGAGGAAGUUGAUGUUGUGUAGAGAAAAAACAGAUCAGUGAGAUAGUUUGAAAGGAAAUUAAGAAAAGAAAAUGGAUGGUUUUGUAGAGUAGAUAAAAAUGAAAUAAUCGUCUGAAUAUCCUCGAAAGCUAUUCAUAAAAAAAAUGCGUCAAGACAGGCAGAAGACGUACAGUGAGGUGCAAAAGUGUUAAUUAGAAGAAGUAUUCAAGAAUAUUAACUCUUUCACAGGCCAAAUAUGAAAAUUUGGUCAGGACAUUUAGCCAAUAUGACUGUUUGAAUUUUUAAUCUAAAAUCAGCCAAAACUAUCAUUUUAUUUAACUAAUUUUGAACAAAUAGAACACAAAUAAAAGCUAACGUGAAAUUCCAAAAAUGCCUAAGACACCUGUAAGUUUGAAAAAAGACCAAAGGAGGCGCUACAAUGAAAGAAAUCAAUUUUUGAGCUUGACGAUUUUAAACGAAAUUUUUUUUUAAAGAAAAACAAAUAUUUUUGUUUCGCUUGAGAUAGGAAAGAUCUAGCAGAUUUUUCUGAUUUAAACUUUUCCUUUUAAAAAUCUUGUAAAUAGCUUGUUUGAAAUUAAAUUUAAAUCAGUUUUAAAGAUUUCAUCAACAAUUCUAACAAAUUUUUCUUUAAAAUUGAUAAAAUAAAUUUUAGAUUAAAAAAUUAAAUCAAACUGCAAAAUAAAAUAAUGCGUCUUGAAUUAAAUAAUUAUUUUAAAAUUAGAUUAAAUGCUCGUCUCUCACUGACCCCAUUUGGCUGUUUAAGGGUUAACUAAAAGACACUUCAGCUUCUCACUGUACCGAAAACUUCCGCUUGGCUAAGCGACAAACAAUAUAUUGAUAUGAAAAGUAAGAUUUAGCUGUGUAUAAAAAAAAUAUUUGGAAGGUUUAUCAUUAGGACAUUGUAAGAGAAUUUAAAUUUAAGAAAAUUGUGUCUCACCCUAUGUGAACACCGCCAAAUGAGUCAAUUCUAAAACAAAAAAAAAAAUACAUUUUCGUGUGAGAAAUUAAACACAAAAUAAUGCAGAAAAUGCACUGAAAAAAAUUGGAUAAAUUUUGUGGAUUUUAUACCGCGUGAUCACAAAGAAAAAAAAAACAUUUUUCCCAAUUUUCAAAAUUGAUUU